UCGAAUUUAAUGAUAUUAAUGAGUCCAACCAAAUUCGUAAUAUUUACGGAAAUUUUUAAUAAAUCAACACCAAUCAAAUAUAAUGAUUACGCAAAGUUGGAUUUACCUUCCGUUAAAUCGUUUUGGUCCUUGGCCAUCUCCAAUUCGAUCGACAAUGAAGUAUUAGUUGCGAUAUCAUGUUUUAAUGAAAAAGAUGUAAUGGGCAGGCAAGAUAAUUCCAGUAUUCAAGCAGAUACAGAUGCUGAAAAAGGACUUGAUUUUAUAACUCGUAUUCCCCCUACAACUUUUGUUAUUUCUGCUCGUAAAAAUUCAAGGAUUUCAACUACUGUUGAUAAUAUUGGUGGAGUUUUGCAUUUCUUGUGUAAUAAUCCUUCCGAUGAAUUCACUGAAUUAAUUAUAAUGAAUGCUUCAGGAAUUUCAAAAGCUAAAAUAUUUCAUAAAAAUAAUUUUCAAAUUCUAACUACUGGAUCGUUCUUUAACAAACAAAUUAUUUCUGAUGAAUUUCACUUCCCUUCAAAUGUUGCAAUUAAAAUUCUAAAAUUAUACGAAGAAACUUCAUGUAAAAGUUUUUUAAAUUCGAUUAUUGAAAGAAAUUAUUUCUUUGCUGAAGAUUUUAAAACUAAUAGAAUUGAAAUGUAUAACUUAAAAUCUUGUGAAUUAGAAAUGACUUUUCAAAAACGCGAAGAAAUCGAAGAAAUCACAUCAAAUACAACAAUUUUUGCAAUUUCUAAGAAUAAUAGUUUAUUGGCCCAUUGUAGUGGUAAUAAAUGUAUUACAAUUUAUUUAAUGGAAAAUGGUCUUGAAGUUACAACGAAAUUACUUAAUAGCACUAAUAGGAUCUUAUCUAUAUCAUUUAUUAAUAAUGAUGAACAAUUAUUUAUUAUUGCUGAAGAUGAAAUCGGUUAUCAUGAUGAUGGAACUGUUAAAUUUGCUUCCAUUAUAUUUAUUUGGGACAUUUUCACUUAUAAAAAUACUUUACAUAAAAUCGAAAACCUUGAAAAUGUGUUUCCAACGUUACAAGAAAAUACCGGUCAUUCGAUUGCAAGGUCAAGUGAAAAUAUUAUCUCCAUCACGGAGAAUGGAAAAAUCUUCUCUAUACCCCAUCACCCUGACAUCGAAUCAUCAAUAGAGAAAAGUCUGGAUUAUCAUUCCAAAAAACUUAAAACACUUUCAUUCGAAAACGUUAUAGAUCGAUCUUCAGGAAAAUAUCAUCAUUAUCAUACGAUCUAUCAAUUAGACGGAAAAUGUAUGACGGAACAUGAGGGAACUUUAGUUAACGACGAUAAUAUCUUUCGAUUAGAUGAUAAGUUGGCUACUAAAACGGAAAAUAAACGAUCCGUCGUCGUUAACAAUAAAGAACCAUGGGUAAAAUAUAAACGAUAUCAACGCACUUCAGCUUACUUGGACGAAAAGAAAACAACUCAACUUAUUAUUGGUGAAACGAGUGUCCAACUCAAUAGUUCAAAACCAGAGACAAUUAAGGUUCAUUGGCCACAAAAAACUCACGUUUUAGAGGAUGCAUGCGAAGCCUUAAAACUUUUAAAUCGACGAAAAUGCGAACCAGUUGGACCAAAAAAUCAGAAUAAAUUUGAAGGACUGGUUAAUGAUACGGAAAAUUUUAUCGUUCACAUUAUUAAAACACAACCGGAUGUUUGGAGAUUAUCAGAAGUUCGAUUUAACCUAAUGGCUAAUCUUAUUCACGGGGAACGAGCUGCUUUAAUACAACAUAUUCUAUUCGAGAAUAAUGCGACUAAUCCAAAUCAUUCAAAUCGCAUUUGUCGAUUUUUACAUUUGCCAAGACUUUAUGAUUGGGGGUAUUCAGAGAAAGUUAGUGACUUGGAAAUUGCAAUUCAAAAUUCGGAAGGCGAACAUCGUAAAGGUUCAGUAAUAGCCGCAAUGUUGAUUGAUUAUUAUUCUAAUAAUGCAAUGCAAAGUACAGGCUGGAUGUUUACUAUAAGCAAAAUAAUUCCCUUGUUAAAGGAAUAUCAUUUAGAGAUAUAUAUCAAGGAAUUAUUUUAUAAACCAUGUUUUGGUGCAAGAGAAGAACAUUUGGAUCCUUCAUUUGUUGACCAAACGAAACUGAAAAUAGGCUACAGUGAUUCGAUUUUCACGUUGGACAUUAAACCAGGUCUAAUACAAAAACAAAAGAAGUCAUCUUUUUGGAAAAAAGUAAAACCAAUAUUUAAAAGGAGAACGAAUGGACAACCUGAAGAUUUACAACUAACAAAUUUACGUGUAGUUCCACUUCCAGAUUUCACAGUUUAUCCCAAAGGUAAUAAUAAUUAUCAAAAACCUCCUAAUUGGAAGAUUCCUUUCCUACUCUUAAAGGUAAUCUUCAUACCGAAAGGUUAUACGGUUCAAAAAGAUGAACAACGAAGUCCCUUUCUACGUUUCAUAAGACAUGAUGAGAAUGAUGAAUAUUACGAUAAUCCAGCAAUGGAAGCUUGCAUAAAUUUCAAAUGGAAGUCAGCACGUAAUCAUUUUAUCCUACAAAUUAUAUUAUAUAUGCUUUACGCACUUUCAUUUGGUCUACUCACUGGAGUUGUUGGGGUUUUUAAAGCUGGUGUAUUAUUCUAUAUAUUGGUUAUAAUAUUUUAUUAUCUCGGAUACUAUCUUUUGGCAAAAGAAGUAAUUCAAUUACAUUAUGAUAAAUGGAAGUACUUUACAUUUUAUCACAUUGUUGAUUUUUUGUCUCGAGCUGCUCCUCUUGCAUCAUAUACGGCAUUUCUUAUUACCAAAUUAAGGUCUGGAAUUAAUAACGAUAAUCCUAAAUUUUCGGAUUUAAAAAAUCUGGGCCUUGAUGCAAUUGGCCUCGAAAGAUCCAAUCUCUGCACAUUAUAUCAACAUGAUCGUAAAUAUAAUGCGUGGAGUAUCAACAUUCAUCAUAUUUAUGGGUCUUGUGAUAGUUGGAUUUGGUCACUCUAUGUGAAUCCGGAAUUAAUUAAUUUGACACCUUCAGGACAAAGUUUUGACAUAGUAAAUACGACAUCAAAUACAUCAAUUCCUGAUUUAAGAAUUGUUGAAAGUUACGAUCUCGAUUCUACAAGUGAUAAUUAUUAUCGAAAAUUUGGGAAUUCUAUUAUAGCUGUAUAUUUUUGGAUGCUUGGCAGAUGGGAUCAAAUGGAAAUGUGGGAUUUUUGGCCAAUUACUGUAUUAAGUAUAACCGCAAGUAUUUUGUUAGUCAUUAUUAUGCAAAAUAUGUUAAUUGCAUUUAUGACAGGUGUAUUUGAUGAAACAAAAUCUAAUGUUAAACAAGCUGUCUUAAAAUUUCGAGCGGAUGUAAUAGCAGAUUAUGAAAUGAUAGAUAAACCAUUUGGUAAUGACAAAGGAAAUCCAAGAUAUAUUUAUUAUGUUGGUAGAUCCGAAGUUCAAGAAGAAUGGUUAGCAAAGUCUGAAAGACAAAGGCAAGCGCAUAAAUCUUUGUUAGCAGAAGACGUUCAUUCACACAAAUUUGAUGAUAAUAAUUAUAUAAAUGAUGAUAAAGGUAAUAUCGAGCAUCAUAGUAGAGGUGACAAAUCAAUGACUUCUUUAGGAGAUGAAUUAUUUAACGUUGAAGGAUUUAAAGGUACUAGAGCAAGUGAAAGUGGCAAGAUACAGAAUUUUGAAUUUAAGGUUGAACCAGAGAGUGAUGAUAAUGAAAAUGAGAAUAAUAAAAUCAAUAUUCUAGAAAAAAAGAUUGAUAUGCUAUCAAUAGAUGUUACAAAUAGAAUAAACGUCAUGGAAGAAAACCUUAAAGAAUUAUUAAAGUUAAUGAAAGAAGGAAAACAAUCUUAA